AUGACAGUUGGAGCCUGCUACUGGAGUGGAUACAGCUCUUACUGCUGUCCUUGUCAUGGUCAGGGACAGCCCGAUGUGGCCGAAUCCUCGUCGACCUCGUGCCUGGAGUGCGGACAUCCACUGAGAAAUCAUUUCAGAGUUGGGUUCCUCCCAAGUGAGAAUAGUGCUAGCCAGGUCUUCUUACCAAGACAUCAAACCGUGAGAAAGCUUGCCAAUCGCAUCCUCGAACAAAGAGUGGUCCUUGCUCGUGGGACCCCCUCUUCGGGAAAGACUUUUCUCGCCCGAUCUCUACAUACCUACCUCCGUGGACAGGGAGUCAAGUCAAUUUACAUUAGAAGCUUCCCCCCUAGUUUAGAGGGUGGUCCCUCCGCGUUGCAUUAUCUGCUCGAGGCCUGCCACAUCCAAGGGUUUGCGGCACUUGGACACAGCUUCUUGCGCGACAACUUUGUAUUCCUCAUCGAUGACGCCCACACGACCUACAAUAACUCCGAGUUAUGGUUGGUUCUGAAUUCGAUGAACCAAGAUCGCCUCGCGAACGUAACAGGCGCCAGUUUUUGUAUGUUCAGUGCAUUUGGUACCCCUGAUAGGGGUGUUAUGCCACAUAAUAUGGGAAGUGACUUGCUGGUAUUCAAUGAGCGUCAACGUCUUGUCUUGUCCGAGCGGUUUGACGAGGAUAUUUCUAUUUUCUACACCCAGGAAGAGUUUCAUCUCUACAUGGAAAUGCAUUUCCAGGGUCGAGGUUCCGAUUACGAAGUCUGCGAGAUCCUGAGAGAUACAAUCUAUGGUUUAACCGGCGGCCAGCCUGAAUUGAUGGAUGCACUCAUGCAUCUUUGUGACAUGUUGUAUGAGGCUUUCUACAAGGAUGAUGAUCUGGACAUAAUCAGCCAUGAUGACUGCGAAAUUCUUCAACUCUUUCAAGUUCGUGGCAUCCUGGAAGGAAUCAUCGCAGUGUUUGUAAACUUUGCGGGUCUCCCGCUUUCGCCCGAAACCUUCUUCCCCCCUGAACAGGAGUUUGAAGUUCUUCGCCACGCUCAAGAAGCCUGCGGCCAAGGCUUGCUGUUCGACCCGCAAAGUGAGGCUAUGCUAUCAUGCCUCACGAAAGGGUGGCUGCACAUGGAAGAGACUCGAGAAGGAGAAUUCAAAUGUUACUUUCCAACCAAGUUUCACAAUAGGCUCGUGGAGUACCUCAUGGGAGUCCAAGAUCUUAGGUAUCCCACUCCUCCCACAUUGAACAGAGGGGAACUUGAGUUGAUGUUGAGAAUGCGAGACAUGACGAUUUCCUAA